GCCCCAGAGCCGCCAUGGCCGAGACCGCUCCCGUCGCCGCGCCCGAUGUCGCCGCCGCCGCCCCGGCCCCGGCCAAAGCUCCCGCCGCCAAGAAGCCGAAGAAGGCGGCGAGCGGCUCCAAAGCCCGCAAGCCCGCGGGGCCCAGCGUCACCGAGCUCAUCACCAAGGCCGUGUCCGCCUCCAAGGAGCGCAAGGGGCUCUCCCUCGCCGCGCUCAAGAAGGCGCUGGCCGCCGGCGGCUACGAUGUGGAAAAAAGUAACAGCCGCAUCAAGCUGGGCAUCAAGAGCCUCGUCAGCAAGGGAGUCCUGGUGCAGACCAAGGGCACCGGCGCCUCCGGCUCCUUCCGCCUCAGUAAGAAGCCAGGAGACGUAAAGGAAAAAGCCCCCAAGAAAAAAACUGCUGCGGCCAAGCCCAAGAAGCCGGCGGCUAAGAAGCCCGCCAGCGCUGCCAAGAAGCCUAAGAAGCCGGUGACGGCGAAGAAGAGCCCCAAGAAAGCCAAGAAGCCGGCGGCCGCCGCAGUCAAAAAGGCAGCGAAGAGCCCCAAGAAGGCGACAAAGGCUGCCAAGCCCAAAAAAGCGGCGGCAGCAGCGAAGAGCCCGGCUAAGGCGAAGGCGGUGAAGCCCAAAGCGGCCAAGCCCAAGGCGGCCAAGCCGAAAGCAGCCAAGGCAAAGAAGGCGGCUCCCAAGAAGAAGUAAAUGGUGCGGAAAAAACCCAUCUGCCUUGCAGAUAAACCCAACGGCUCUUUUAAGAGCCACCCAAGUUUUCACAAAAUGAGCUGGAACUCACUUAAUUUCAUUAAUUCAGUUUUCGUGUAAACCGUGUUGAAUUUAAACUUUUUCUCUUUGCAGUAGCUUUUAGGUGAACCCGGUAACAUUUUUUGCUUUGUUUUUCACCAGCGCACAGCAGCAUUGCAGCGGAGCUCACCGCGGCACAUCUCAUAAAGAAAAAAAGCAAAAAACUCCCGUGUGUCGGUGCAAAUUCCUUCCCGUUCGCCGCAGGAAAUCGCUGCGAAGCGGGACUCCUCGGGGUACUGCGGCACUGCUCAGGGCUCCUCGGCCCUUGCGAGGGGGAAUGGGGGUGGGCACGCUGCGGUUCCCCAUAGUUUAUCUCCGGUCAGCCGGGAGAGAAGGCGGAGAAGCGGCUCGGAGCGCCCUCAGAGCCCGGCACAUUUCGAAAAGCCCGCGCUCCGCAAAGAUUGGCCAAAGCUCUUUGGCUUGUCUAGUGCCCGGCAAUUU